GCCUGGCAGCGCAUCAGUCGGAGAAGCUGCGCUAAUCCCUGGGAGGCCAGUGCGCAGGCGCGCCGCUCAGCGCAGGAGGGAUGCGGGGAUCCGGCUAAUGCUGCCUGUCUCUCCCAUCCUUGCAGCCUCCAGCGUUUUGUCUCCUCAGCCCCCGGGUACGGGCACCAUGCCAGGGGAAGCCGCCCAAGGGGAAGGGGCGCCGCACAAAGACGCCAGGGCGCUGCUGCAAGCUGAAGCAGGGUUAUCACCAUCUGCUUCCACUGCCUCAACUCCUAGUGGUGACUCCGCAACACCCAAAGUGUUAAGCCCGAUGCGAGAUUGUCUGCUACUGAGCCCGGAACGUGAUGCAGAAAGAGACCUGGAUCCCACAUAUCUACAAGGCAAGGAGGUAGACAGGCCUCAGCCUGAAGGGGCAAGCAGCGAAACACCUCCAGGGGGCUCCACAGCUAUUCAGCACCUGGCCUUCGAGGUGUCUAAAGAACCUGAAGAGCAUGAGACUAAAGAUAUUCUCAGAGAACGAAUCAGCACCAAGGUAGUAAAGCCGGACAUUCUCGAUACCAGAAUUGUGAUGGGUGAAGAGACUUCUUGUAACAGUGAGGAAACGGGCACUGUAAAUAAACUGCUUAGCCUUAUUAGUGAACGUGAACCUGUUUCGUCAGAUACUUUGGAAGAUGAGGUGAUCUCAUGUAAUCCAAAAGCGGAACUUUCUGGACAGAUUUUUGAGCAACUUGGCCUAAAACACAUUUUUGUGUCUGAUUCUUCUGAGGAAAUGCACUCGGAAUAUAAUGAGUCUAGAAAAGAUUAUGCUCUGAAGGAAAGUUUCUUUUCACAGGGUGAAGCAGUAACUGAUGUGCCUUCAUUAUUCCCAGAACCCACCAAAGAGUCACCCUGCAGUUUGGCCGAGUGUGAGAUGCAGUCUUCGCAAUGUAGGCAUGCAUACAAUUUAGAUUCAGACAGAUACACCACUGCUCCUUCCACUCCAAUAAAAACCCUCUAUUCACACCUCAAGCACCAUCCAUGUUCAAAAGACAGCCUUGGAGAUGACCACAAUGACCCAGAGAAUGACAGUUUGUGCUCUCCUCCAACGUCCCCCUCUGGAUCUUAUAUUACUGCUGAAGGUAGCAGCUGGGCUUCUUCAGCUGCGUCUGGUUCCCCAUCAUGUUCUCCAAAUUUGAUGGCUGAGGGAGAAACAAUGGAAACUUCCACUGCUUAUGCUGACCCAUCAACUGCACAUGAGGAAGGUAUUUGUGAAGAUCCAUGCUGUAUGUCUCCUGACAUACUAGAAGAAGAAGAUAUCCCAGAAUUCUAUGAUGAUAAUUUAGAAGCUGAAGACAUGUAUCCUGCCAACGAAGAGGUCAGUAAUGGCGAUCAAAGUGAUGUUCAAUGCAGUGAAGAAGACGAGGAAGAUGAAGAUGAAUGGGAAACUGAUUUUGCUCCAUCUUUUACCAGUAUUCCACUGUGUACAGAGUAUGUUAACACAGUUGCUUCAGAAUCUUUCUCACCAACGUCUUAUGAACAUGACCAGGAACCACUGUCAGUGGAAAGCUGCUCUUCAGAAACUCAUGAAUCCCUACAGGCAUCGAACACAGAUGAACUGCAUUCUGAGAUAUCAGGUGUCAUCCCACAGUGUGUUGAAAAUGAGCACAUGAUUCCUGCUUUCAUGCUACCAUUUCAUGGAAGUUUAAUAUUUGCUGCAGACUCAAUGGAAAUCACCUUGUUCCCUCAAGGAGAGUCAGCAGAGAGUGAGGUAUUGUAUGGAGAAGAGGAUGAUGACAGUACAUCUGCCUCCUUUCUUCAUUCAUUGUCAGAGACAUCUAUAAAUGAAGGGGUAGAUGAAUCCUUUGCUUAUCAAGAUGACACAUCAGAGUCCUCAGAUUCUGCAUCUUAUGAUGGAGAAGAGGAUGAGAAACGUUACAGCACAGAAGAGUAUGCUGUGGCAAGUGAUUCUGCCUCCCAAACGGCAGAGGGUCAUAUAGAGACCAAAAACAACUCUUCAGAUUCUAGCUGUGAGAGUGAGAUGGAGACAUCUUCUGACCUGACUGAUAAUGAUGGUGAAGGUGGAGUUCUUGGACUUGCCUUGGAAACUGAAGAUGUUCAAAGAGGAAAAGAACACAUGGUUAAAUCCAGAUUUGAGACUGCUAAUGAAGUUUCAAAUAGCAGUGAAGAAAAAGAAACAGAUUCACAGUCAGACUCAAAAGAAGCCCCUGAGGAAGGUGCAAGUGAGACUAAAGACUCAGAUACAAGCAACGUUAAUGAGCACAUUUCUGGCUCUCACAUUAGUAGCUCUGUCCCUGAAUCUCAGUUUAUAAGUGCUACACAGCAAGAAGAAGAGAAGGAACUGAGGUCAUGGUCUGAAAGCCCAAUAGGACAACAGUCUUCAUCAUCAUUGGGAACAGAUGUCCCAAAUGCUGGAAUUGAUAAUGUUGGUGAAUGCCUGAUCGCAUGUUUUGAUACUGAUGAAGAGCUGGAUUCUUUACCCCCUCUCAACACAGUGGCACAGAGUAUUAGGGAACACAGUCAGCAGCAUGAGCAAAGUGGAAGACAGUCUUCACUGGCUAUUAAUGUGACUGAAGAUGCAUAUCUGUUCGCAGCUGAGGAUGAAGAUGGUGGAUCAUUUGAUAAAGGUGAAUUACAAAGUAAUGUGGAUGUGGCAGAUGCCUCCAAGACAGAAGCUACUUCAGUAUCUUGUAUUCUGGAGACAAAUGACACAGGAAACCAAGACAGGGCCUUUUCAAAGGUAGAAAAAGCUUCUGAGCCAGAAAAUAUCUUGCCUCAAAAUGCCCAAAAGAGCAGAGCAGAGGAACUGACUGAAGAAGAGUGUUUAUUUGCCUGCUAUGACUCUGGAGAUGAUCAAGAAGAUGUCAGUUCUCUUGACCGGCAGGCUAUACUUGCUCAGAUAUACAGACAGCAAACAGAAGUUGAAGUCAAUUUUAUCAUUAACCAAACACCCUGUGUCUCAGAUUCUAUCAUGUCUGCAGGUUUUGUGGAAGAUACAAUGGCAGGAAAAUCCUACCAAGACCCCAAAGAGUUAUUGGCAGAGCCAACUUCACUGGGUUAUAGUCAUGGCCUUUAUAAUUCUCAAUCAGAAUCAGAUAUGAAAAUGGACAUUCAAGCUUCUCCUAUAGGUUUGCCCUGUGAGCUGACAGAGGAACAAAUAAAAUCCACAUCUGGGACUGAUGAUAACAUUACAUUACAAAGCAAGCCUACAUUCCCCAGUCACUCUCAGUCAGAGGAAAGCAGACCAGACAUGAAAGGAAAUAUUGAGGUUUCCAGUGAAGAACAAAAAGCAGACUCUGAAGGUAUACAGUCAACAUCUACUGAGAAAGGUCCAACUAAAUUAGAGGUUGAGCCAUUAGAUUCAACAACUAUGUCAACAGAGCUCUGUGUAAGUAAUGUAAUAUCUCCAAAUAAAAUGGACAAAUGUCCUUAUGCUUCUAAGACCGAAGAGUGUGGCAAAUGUUCUGACCAACAUUCUGAGGUCUGUCUAAUUACCAGCUCCUUACAUCAGCAGAAUAUAUGCAAUGAGAGAAAGGUACAAUCUGAAAACAGGAGUCAAGCAGAACAUAGAGCUGCGAUUGUGGGUGUUGAACAGCAUGUCUCCAAGAAACCCCCAGAUCGAGAGUAUGCUGAAAAAGCUAUACCAGUGCAUAGUGGUACUGAUAGCUCAGUACUUAUUCAGGAUGAUAAUGUACCCACUUCACAAGUACCUCACAAACACCUUACUAGUACCUCACACGUAGGCAAUGAAGUCUUACCUAUAUCUAAUACUCAUUUGGAUUACAAAAAAGAAGAGGGUGAUAAAGAUACACAAAAGACUUGUUCCCUGGCCAGUCAGCCUUCAUGUAGGGAAGUAAGGGGUAACAUGGAAAUGAAUAAAGAGGAUGGUCCUGAAGAACUGCCAGAUAUAAAGUUGGCUUCAGAGGAUUGUGCUAGGAGUACAAGAGACACAAGCAGGACACUAGAAGAUGAGAGUGUGUAUAAUCAACAGGGUGAAGAAGAUGCUGAUAACACUCACUCGUUCACAAGUAGUAAUGCUUUACAGUUGGAAGAUACUCAUGAUAAUCCAGUAGAUACCUAUGUUAAUGUUUCUAAAGGGUCAGAGGAACAGAGAACAAAGGAAGAAGACAGUUUAGGGUUAAUGGUUGCAGAUCAAACCCAGGAGGUAGACAAAAAAGUCUCUGUAUCCUGUACCAGAGAUUCUCAAAAGUGUUCAGGUGACUUCUUGGAGACAGCCGAAAAACUAGGAACAAAGCAAACAGAGCUGUUUAAUGACAUCCAAGAAAUGGCACAAUUACUGCAAGGGUCCUUUGGCAAACUGAACCCUCUGGAUCUCAGUGUUAGGUCUGCCAGUACUGAAAAAAAUAUUCCAAAACCUAGAAUCAGCUCUAAAGAAAUGGAUGCAAAUGGCAAGUUAAUGUCUGAGAUACCAGUAGUCGAGCAGAGUCAGGGAGGAAAAUGGCAGCCUUCAAAGGCAGUCCGUGUUUGUUCACAAGAAGGGGGAUCUGAGGUGCAGAAGAACAAAUGUCCAUUGAGUGAGGAGGAUAGCCUUGAGAUGGCUUUAGCUGGUCCCACUAGUUCACAGAAUACUUAUCUUCUUCCAUCUAAUGGAGGUGAGGCAUGGAAGGGUAAACGAGACAAUGAUGACGAUCAAAGUACGUCAGUUGAAAACAUGUCUUUGGAAUUUAAAGACAAACCUGCCCAGUCCUGUGUAUCGAGAAGCAACAAGGGCCCAAGUUAUGGAUCAACGGAGGAAGUGAAAUCCACUUUCCUUAGUAGGACACAAGACGAGAAGGUUCGUUGUGAGAUGCCGCACCCUGUUAGGUUGGUGGACUCUGAGCAUAAGUAUCAUCAUGGGAGCCCCAAGACUGAGUCUCUUACCCACAAUCCUUCAAACAAUAGUAAGCUUGCUGAGUAUAUCUGCUUUAGUAAAGUGCCUCCACCAAUCUGCUCUAUGCCUGACUACAUCGCCCAGGAGAAGAAGAAAGCUGAACAGAUGGCAUCUUCCAUGGACACCGCAAGGGAACCUGAAAAAUUGUCCUCUGGAAAGGAUCACAACAAACCCUUAUCAGCUUUCCCUCAACCCAGUUGCAAGCCCACCGAUAUGAUUACCAAUAAGUGUCACGGAGGUAACUUUGAAGAGCCUGUGGGGAAGAAAAGCCUUCUCACUUUUCAUCCAUCUGAUCCCAGCUCUUCUAGCGAGAGCGAGCUGACUUCCUGCGGGCCGGAGAUGCACUCGCUCAGGGAAACGUCGGCAGUGACUCUCCUUGGGAUCACCAAGCCAGGCCCCAGGCAGAGGGGCUGUGAGUCGCUUAGUCACAGAGGUUCCUGCAAUGACACGGAGAGUAACGAUGAAUCUCUUCCGGAACUUGAGGAGCCAGAUGUAACAGAGCCACGGACUUCAUCCAGUCAGAACCAGCUGGCUCACUGUGUGGCCCCGGGGGAGGAAUCGAUCAGUAAAGCCAAGCAGAGCCGCAGUGAGAAGAAAGCCAGGAAGGCCAUGUCCAAGCUGGGCCUCCGGCAGAUACACGGGGUCACGCGCAUCACCAUCAGGAAGUCCAAGAACAUUCUUUUUGUCAUCACGAAGCCCGACGUGUUCAAGAGUCCCGCGUCCGACAUCUACAUUGUGUUUGGGGAAGCCAAGAUCGAAGACUUAUCCCAGCAAGUGCACAAGGCAGCGGCUGAGAAGUUUAAAGUCCCCAUGGAACACUCCCCCCUUAUCACGGAGACCACGCCCACCCUGACAAUAAAAGAGGAGAGCGAGGAAGAAGAGGAGGUGGAUGAGACCGGCUUGGAGGUGCGAGAUAUUGAACUGGUGAUGGCGCAGGCCAACGUAUCACGCGCCAAGGCCGUACGGGCGCUCAGGCACAACAACAACGACAUUGUAAAUGCCAUCAUGGAACUGACCAUGUAGCAGUCAGCGUGGCCGCAAGAGCUCGUGCCCUCCAGCUCCUCACUGUAUAGUCGCACAGUUACCCAUAAACUCCGGCUCCAUGUUAGACCUGCAUUUAUUCCUACUAGGCUGCACCUACAGCGCUGCGCAAUAAAACUGCCUGAUAAUCCCAA